UUCAGAAAUAAGGGACUUCCUAUUCCCAGCAGUCCAUUACCCUGGAGCCUGUUGUCUGCUCCUUGGGGCUGGGGGAGCAUCUAGUAGCCAAAGUGCCUGAACCCCUGCUUCCAAUGAUCCCUCCCCCGCCCUUGCCAGAGAGCAUAAGGGAAUAAAAUACACCUCUGUGCUGCCAGUGGGAGAGCAGGUGAUGGGAACAUGAAUGAAAAUGAGGAGGAGGAUCCUCAGCAGGAAGGUCCCAAGCCAGUGGAAGCCCCUGGGACAUUAUCAGACUUUUUCAUAAGGGAAGCUUUUCCGAGUUCUGACCAGAACAAAGCCUGUGAGAGGCAGGAGAUACAUUCUCCAGAGGAGAGACAGGAAAAACCUAUUCGUUGUGAAAGAGGCUUCAGGAAACGCAAAGACACUAUUGUUCACCAGAAAACUCUCCUGGGCGAGAAGCCUUACAUUUGUAUUGAAUGUGGGCAGAGCUUCAACCGGAGCUCGGACCUUAUCCGCCAUCAGCGGAUCCACACUGGCGAGAAACCCUAUGUGUGCACCGAGUGCGGGAAAAGCUUCAGCCGGCGCUCGCACCUUAUCCAGCACCAGAGAAUCCACACGGGGGAGAGACCCUACCAAUGCAAAGACUGUGGGAAGAGCUUCAGCCAGAGCACGCAUCUCGUGCAGCACCAAAGGAACCACACCGGAGAGAGGCCCUAUGUAUGUGCAAAAUGUGGGAGGAACUUCUACCAGAACUCAGGGCUCAUCAGACAUGCCAACUUCCACACGGGUGAGAAGCCCUACAAAUGCCCCGAGUGUGGGAAAUGCUUCAGUGACAGCUCCAACCUCAUCGCGCACCAGCGGCUGCACACAGGGGAGAAGCCCUACAAGUGCACGGACUGUGACAAAUGUUUCAGUGAGAGCUCUAAGCUGAUCAUCCACCGCCGGACCCACACAGGAGAGAAGCCCUACAUGUGUCCUGAGUGCGGAAAGAGCUUCAGCCAGAGAUCUCACCUUGUCCAGCACCGCAGGACGCACACAGGAGAGAAACCCUACAAGUGCUCCGAGUGUGGGACGAGCUUCAGCGACAACUCCACCCUGAUCCGGCACCGCAGGACGCACACUGGGGAGAAGCCCUUCAAAUGUGCGCAGUGUGGGAAGAGCUUCAGCCGCAACUCGUACUUAGUGUCGCAUCAGAGAGUGCACGUAUGGUCAUCGGCCUUCCAAGAGGCCCGAGCAGGGAAGGCGUUGAAGUACACCCUGCUGGUUGACACCCUGAGAGUCCAGGGCUACGAGCUCCAGCUACACACCCUGAUCGUGGGAGCCCUGGGCUCAUGGGACCCCCACAACGAGCCGGUACUGAAAGCGUGCGGAGUCGGUCGAUGCUACGCCCGGUUCAUGAGACAGCUCCUGGUGUCCAACACCAUUAGGUGGUCCAGAGACAUCUAUAUGGAACACAUCAUGGGACACCGCCAGUACCAGGUCAACUUCACUGGAGAAGGAAAGGAUGAGUGGGCUAUACAGGCUGAACUAACUUCAGUACUGAAGAUGUUCCCUGCAGGGCAAACACUGAAGCAUGUUAGUGGAGAAUGGCACAGAAUUACGAUAUCCAAACCUGAUGUGAUCCCCUGUACAGAACAAGGGGAAGAGACUUGUUUUCUAAAUCUCCAGGUCUCUGUGGAUAAGGUGAUCCUGAGAGGUUUCUCUACAGAUGAGGCGUUCUUGAUGGAGAGGCUUCUGCUGGAUUCUCCUUCUCAUAAAGGACCUGAGCCAGUGGAAACACAAGAGACGUUGUUGGAAAGAUCCAACAAUAAUAUUUCCCGAACUUCUGACUGGGGAAAAGCCUGCGACAGUGAGUGCAAGUCAGAAAGUGAGAGGAAUAUCCUUGCGUGGAAGAGCCAGGGUAAAACCACUCACCAGGAAAUAAGUUUCAAGAACCUCAAAGAAAUGACUCUUUGCCAGAAGUCCCCCAUAGGAGAAAGGCUGGGCACAUGGCGCAAAUGUGGGGAAAACGUCAGUCAGAGCUCGGAGCUUAGUCAGCAUCAGAGAACCCACAUGUUAAAUAUACUGAGUGUGGGAAAAGCUUCCAGGAGAGCCCCCCUCCCCCUUACAUCUCAUCAGAGACUCCACAGAGGAGAGACACCCUACAGAGGUAAGGUGUGUGGGAAAAGCUUCAGUGCCAACACGGACCUCGUUAACCACCAGAGAACCCAUGCAGGAGAGAGACGCUACCAGUGUGCUAAGUGCGGGAAAGGCUUUGGUCGGUGUUCUCAUUUUAUCAAGCACCAGAGAACCCACUCGGGAGAGAAACCCUACACUUGUAAGGAGUGUGGGAAAAGCUUCAUCCAGAGCUCAGACCUCUUGGGACACCAGAUAACUCACAAGUGUGAGAGACCCUAUAAAUGCCCCCAGUGCGGGAAAAGCUCCAGCCAGAGCUCACACCUUGUUAGGUACCAAAGAAUCCACAAGGGGGAAAGCCCCUACAGAUGUACACAGCGCGGGGAAAGCCUCCGAAACAAAGCGCUUCUAUUAUUGCAUCUGAGUCUCCACGUUGAGUAGCAAUCAGGGGGGCAGCUGCAUUUUUAGGUGCAUCAGUCACUCUUCCAAUUAACAAAAUACAUUUUCUGGAGCAUCGAGCAUUGGAGGGAGAGCAACCAUGUUCCUGAGGUUACUGCUCAUUUGGGGAUUGGGUGUUCUGAACAUUGGCUAGUAAGAACUCGAAGCAUGAGGGAGGGUGGAGCUGUCAUACUAAAAGACUGGAUGCUUGUAGAGGGAGUGGUAAGAAGUAAAGUGAAGAGAAAGCAGAGAACAGACACUGGGUGAUCAGUCAAGUUGUGGGGAGUGAUUCUGAACAGGAGACUAGCAGGGAGAGGAGUUGUAGGGGGUAAUUGACUAGAGACUGG